AUGAAGCUCUCUGUGUGUCUGGGCUGUGUGGUGAUGUCUAUUCUGGCUGGAGCCUCAGGCCACAUCUUUAAUUCGACACUGGCUGAAGACUGGAGGAAUUGGAAAUUAGAGUAUGAGAAGCAGUACACUGAGGAUGAAGAGAUCUACAGGAGAAUGGUCUGGGAAGACAAUAUGAGAUACAUCAAACAACACAACCUGGAGCAUUCGAUGGGGAAACACACAUUUACUGUGGGAAUGAACCAGUUUGGAGAUCUGACCAAUGAAGAGUUUAAUGAACUCAUGAAUGGAUUCCUCCAAGUUGAAGUUGAUAACUCGACUGAAGAGGAAGUUGAUGAAGAAGAUGAUACUGAAGAUGAUGAUGAAGACUUUGAAGAGAAUGAUGAGGAAUUGCGGGGUGCAACGGUUGACUGGCGUAGAAAGGGUCUGGUUACUCCCGUGAAAAACCAGAGACGAUGUGGUUCAGGCUGGGCUUUCAGUGCAGCUGGGGCCAUCGAAGGACAGUGGGCAAAGAAACAAAAAAAAUUGAUCUCUCUAAGUGAACAAAACCUGGUUGAUUGUGAUUGGCGAAGCCAUGGAUGUCGUGGUGGAUGGAUGACAAGUGCCUUUCACUAUGUGAUGCGAAAUAAAGGCAUCAACUCAGCUGCAACCUACAUAUACAGAGCACGGGACCACAGCUGUGAGGAAGAUGCAGAUUUCGGAAAAACAUAUGUUGCUGCCAGAAUCAGAGGAUACAGACGUGUUCAAAGAAGAGAAAGAGAUUUAGCAAGAGCAGCGAAAAGGGUGGGACCAAUAGCUGUCGCAAUUCACGCAGGGCGAAGGUCCUUCCAUCUUUAUCCUGAUAUUGAAGCCAGAAGACAGCACUCUGUGCUCAUGUUCUUUCCUGGUACAAACAACGUAUCUCACCUCCCUGAUUCUGUCGGCUUCUGGCUUGUGAUCGCUAGGUUGGAAACUUUGGGCUCUCAGGAGUUUCAACUCACCGCUGGGGAAAAACAUGAUUUGGAAGUAUUGCUGGCCAUUCCCGCUUGCCAUACCCAGUGCCUCAAUGAAGACUUUAGAUGGUGUAGGCCUUCAGUCUGGCUUGAGUCCACUGAUGCAGUACAAUGUGCUUUAGGAUUUAUCAGAUGUGCCUGUGGCCUUGCGGUGUCAGUCCAGUCGGUGGUUUUUGGAGGUUGUCGGUUGCUGUUGGUUUGCCUGGUACAGAACAGACCUGUGUCAGUAGGUUUCGGAAUUCCUGCCAGGAUUCCUUUUCUGGAGAUAGCGGUGCAGAUAGCUUUCAGGGUGGUCGCUAUUUUCAGAACCUCAUCCCCUUUUUCUACCGAUGUUCCUGGUACCAAUGUGCACCACAAACACUGGCUGCUCGUCCUUCCCCUUAAUAAUUUCAUGCAACUGCUCAGCGACGUCCUGGGCCAUCCUGGAAUCUUGGAAGUGGCCAUAGAAACGCCUGUCUCUCAAGAGGAAUUGCAAAAUUGUGGCCAACAGGAGGGCAGUUACCUGCUCAGAUCUUCUCCAUGUGCAGGACCAUUGUCUCUCGGCUUCACCAACUUUAACCAACACGACCCUCCCCGAGAUGUGACAUGUUUUCGUCAAGUGGAAGGAGGGAGGGUGUGUAUAGAAGAAAAGGAAAGGUGCAGUCAGCGUCUAAACCAUGCAGUGCUGCUGGUGGGAUUUGGAAGAGAAAGGGGAAUGAAUUAUUGGCUUGUUAAAAACAGCUGGGGAAGGUCAUGGGGUGACCGCGGUUAUAUCAAAAUGGCUAAGGAUCGACAGAAUAACUGUGGAAUUGCCAAUUAUGCAGUUUAUCCAAUUGUGUGAGGAGGGAGGUGUUAAACAAGAGCUUCAUUGAACUCCACUUGAAAAAACGAUGGGAACAUUUCUGCUGAUGCUGACUCCUUCAACAGUAUCGCUUUAACUCCCUGCUGCAGUUCAACAAGUUAAAUAAUGACAGCUUCUGCGUAUUUCUAUAGUUUUACAUAACGGUCACUGUCAGCGUGUGUUUGAUACAUGUAACCAUAGUAAUAUCUCCAGCUUGUGUACAGACAAUGACCUGAAUGUACUGUU